UCUGACCGUCUUCCUCAAUGGGGAACUUGAGCAGUCGCAUCCUGGGGGGCAGGAAAUUAGACCCAACUGAUCCCCAUCAGCCAGAAGCCCGGGUAGGCCCCAGAAAUGUACCCUCCCGCCGGAAACGCAAGCGGAGCUUACCCUCUUGGGACCCAGAGCUCGAGAACAGCCGCAGGUCUCUAGGCCCAGAAGAGAAUUUCCCGCAAGCGGCCUCUACCAGCCAGAGUAAAAAAGCGAAGAUCACAUCGGAGUACGCUUACCAAACUUUCUUUCUGAAUGGGGAAACCAGUGACAUUACCAUCCGCGCGCUGGGGAAAGUGUGGUGCUUACACAAAAGGUAUCUACGUCAGUCAGGCUACUUUGCUACUCUGUUUAGAAAUUCUUGCGAUGACUCUGACAAAGAUAUCAUCGACCUGGAGAUUAGGGACCACAACAUUGACGUCGAGUCCCUGAACUUCGUGCUCGGUUCCUUGUACAGGGAUGAAUAUGACUUCCAGGAGCCCCUUCGAGUUCCAAGAGUUUUGGCAACGGCGUGCCUGCUUCAGGUAGAGGACUUGAUUGAAGAGUGUGAGGACAUCAUGAAGGAGGCAGUUGACGUGAAAACUGUAUGUGGCUAUUACGCCACAGCAGAAGCCUAUGGGGUAGAGUCUCUGAAGACAGAAUGCUUUAACUGGCUUCUCCACAAUCUGAUGACUCAUCCAAGUGUUGAACUUUACAAAGAAAUCAGUAUAGAUCUCAUGAAUCAGCUCAUUUCUUCAGCUGACUUACUAGUGAUACAAAAGGAAAUAGAUGUGUACACCACACUUAAAGAGUGGAUGUUCCUUCGUCUUAACCCGGCUUGGAAAGGAACCAUGCAGCAGCUUUUAGACCAAGCAAACGACUGGUUUUCCAGGCACAGAGGACGUAUUACCAGCAUGGCCUUCCUGGAGACCAGACGAGGCAAACCAUAUCAAUCGGUGUUUAAAAAUUUGAGGUUUCAGCAUAUCAUCUGCGACCUGGCCUCCACGAAAGUUAUUGAGGAAGAUACUCUAAUACCUUCAGAAUGGUUAUCGACAGUUUAUAAACAACAAUGGUUUACCUUGCUGAGAGCACAACAAAGCAGGGAAAUCGGGCCGCAAUACACCAAUGAAACAGAACUUGAAGAAUACAGCAUGAGAUGUGGGAAAAUCGUUGUCAAGAAGGGGAAAUUCUCCUGGAAGUGGUCGGGUUUCAACUUCGGCUUUCCUUUGCACGUCAUCUUCACCAGCGAUUACAUAAUUUUCAAGCAAAAUCUCGUCACUAAGCCAAGUGUGGAUUCAGUUUGCUUACGAUCUCUAAGAAAUAUUGCAUUCAGAUUAACUCUGGUAUAUUUUGAUUCUAGUGGAAAAGUAAUUUUCAGCAAAACAACCGGUUAUAAAACUCUUACCUUUGUGAACGAUGAGGACCACCUGGUAAUGAAGUUAGAUAGCAAAGUUCUGAGCUUUCCUUUAUAUAUAUUCUGUAACUUCCUGUUUACAUCACUAGAAAGUCCAGAAAAUUGAUCAGCUUGUUAAGUAGGAUAUAUUAGCAUUUUUUAACACUUCUGAUGUUUCAUUGCCUUCAAUGGCCCUACUGUAAAACAUGAU